GGCAGAGGCCUGAUAACCGCUUGAAUUGUGUCCCUUCAUAGGUCCUGGGGUCCAGGAGAGGAUGACAGGGGUGCUGCCCCCAGGUGCUGCAGUCCCUGCCACUGGCUUGUGCUUUCAUUCAGUGGUGGAUAGAACCCAAGACUUUCUACGUGCUGUGUGGUUGUUGGCCACUGAGCUGCAUUCCCAGUUCUCUGUGACUAGUCUUUGCUGACUACAUUCUCUGUCUCUUCUAACUGGCCUUUCCUCCUAGAUAGAUAGAUAGAUAGAUAGAUAGAUAGAUAGAUAGAUAGAUAGAUAGAUAGAUAGAUGAUAGAUAGAUAGAUAGGGUAUUUGCUUCCAGAGAAGACAUAGAAUGAAUUAGCUAACAAUUGUCUAACUCCUGAGCUUUCUAAAAAAUGGUGCAAACACUACCUGUUAAAUGAUAUUUUAAUAACCAACACAUUUUAGCAUGUGUUAUUGUGCUAACCUUUUUAUAUUUGUUUUCUCAUAGGUGGGUAUUUGGGUACUGAGGAAUGUUAGCAAAGGGGAAUGUGCUAUUACCAAAGGAGCUUGUCCACUAGAGCAGUCCACUCUGCGUACAGGCAGGACCCAUAACAGUCACCUAGAUUCAGAAGGGCUUCAGUAUGCCAUACCAUAUAGAAGUGGUAUAAAGAGCUUCAUCCACGUGCGGAGCUUCUGAGGUCAUCGGAAGUAUCUUGCUCCUUUGAUAAUACCCUCCCUCCUCACAAUGGUCUCUAAUGACAGGGCUUGGGUUCCUGUCUAUGGAUUGGGGGGCGGGGUUGACAGUCACUUAGUGUAGAAAUGCAGUGACAGGCAGGGAUGGGUACAUUUCCUGGGUGUUACAGGGAGAGUUAUAACUCCCUCUUUAGGCAACAUUUGGAACUGGGCUCAAAGAACUCAUGCCGCUCAGAGUGUUUAAAGGCUGCGGUGUUUGUGACUGAAGCUGCCUGGACGCCAGAACUGGAAGAGAUAGGGAUUUGGUUCUCUAGCAAGACUGGCUGCCCCUUUUUCAUUAGGGCUGCUGAACACCAUCGUGUCUCUGAUGUCCCGAGGACUUGCCACGGCAGCAGAGGCAUGACUGGACUCUCCGUCCCAUACAUCCUUUUCUGUCCUGUCACUUUGGGACAUUGUCAGCUUGAUCCUUUGGUCACGGAGCUCAGAGAGCCAGCCAUUCUGCUCCUUCCACACAUGUAGUCCAUCUGUUUCUAUGGCUGAUUCUUCUCUGAGCAAAAGCACUGAUCGCAUCUCACAGACUGGGGUGUUUUCUCUGAUUUUACCACACUCUGGAGCCCUUCUCCACGCAUGAAGUAGACAGAUCUGAACGACUUCCUGUAGCAUGUCACGGCUGACUGCUGGCCGUAGUGUCUCACCCUCCAGUUCCAGUAUUGGGAGCCUGAGGUCUCCAAAACAGACCCAUCUCCAAAGCGGGAAGCACCCACCAUGAUUCUUUUUAACGUGGUGUUUGCACUGAGGGCCAACGCUGACCCGUCAGUGAUCAACUGUCUGCAUAACUUGUCCCGGCGCAUCGCCACUGUCCUGCAGCAUGAGGAGCGCCGCUGCCAGUACCUCACUCGGGAGGCCAAGCUGAUCCUGGCGCUUCAGGAUGAGGUGUCUGCUAUGGCCGACGCAAAUGAAGGUCCUCAGUCCCCGUUCCACCACAUCCUGCCCAAGUGCAAGCUGGCUAGGGACCUCAAGGAAGCUUACGACAGCCUCUGCACAUCUGGUGUGGUGCGGCUUCACAUUAACAGCUGGCUGGAAGUGAGCUUCUGUCUGCCUCACAAGAUCCACUAUGCAGCGUCAAGUCUGAUCCCUCCUGAGGCUAUUGAGCGGAGCCUGAAAGCCAUCCGCCCGUACCAUGCCUUGCUACUACUCAGUGAUGAGAAGUCUCUGCUGAGUGAGCUUCCCAUCGACUGCUCUCCGGCUCUAGUGCGGGUCAUCAAGACCACAUCUGCUGUGAAGAACCUGCAGCAGCUAGCCCAGGAUGCUGAUCUGGCCUUGUUGCAGGUCUUCCAGCUCGCAGCUCACCUGGUAUACUGGGGCAAGGCCGUCAUCAUCUACCCAUUGUGUGAGAACAACGUCUAUGUCCUGUCUCCCAAUGCCAGUGUGUGUCUAUACUCCCCACUGGCCGAACAGUUCUCCCGCCAGUUCCCGUCCCAUGACCUGCCAUCCAUCCUGGCCAAGUUUUCCUUGCCUGUUUCUCUGUCGGAGUUCAGGAGCCCUCUGGCUCCCCCGGCACAGGAGACCCAGCUCAUUCAGAUGGUGGUGUGGAUGCUGCAGCGCCGGCUCCUCAUCCAGCUGCACACCUACGUUUGCCUGAUGGCCUCACCCAGUGAGGAGGAACCCCGACUGCGAGAGGAUGAUGUCCCCUUUACGGCCCGAGUUGGUGGCCGCAGCCUCAGCACGCCCAACGCCCUAAGCUUCGGCUCCCCAACCAGCAGUGAUGACAUGACCCUUACCAGCCCCAGUAUGGACAACUCCAGUGCAGAGCUGCUCCCCAGUGGGGACUCACCACUAAACAAGAGGAUGACAGAGAACCUGCUGGCCAGCCUCUCCGAGCAUGAGCGGGCUGCCAUCCUCAGUGUGCCUGCAGCCCAAAACCCUGAGGACCUCCGCAUGUUUGCCAGGCUCCUUCACUACUUCCGUGGCCGUCACCAUCUGGAGGAGAUCAUGUACAACGAGAACACACGGCGUUCCCAGCUGCUCACGCUUUUUGACAAGUUCCGCAGUGUGCUGGUGGUGACCACCCAUGAGGACCCCGUCAUUGCUGUCUUCCAGGCCCUGCUCACAUGAGCCCAGGCAGCGUGCCCAGUGUGAAUGGGAACUAGUCUACCCCUGACCCAGAACUCCUGGCUGGCCUUAGGAGGAUGGGCAGCCCCAGCCUGGCAGAACUGGUUCUUGCCCCAGCUGUCCGUCUGGUCAGAAGCAGCUAUGGGGCAGCCACUGCUGGACUUUUUUUGUUGUUUUGAGACAAAGACUUAGGUAGCCCAGACCUCAUACUCGCUAUGUAGCCAAGGGUGACUUUGAACUCCUGAUCUUCCUGCCUCUCUUCCUGUGUGCUAGGAUUACAGACAUGUGUUACCAAUGUUACUUUAAGAAAUACAUGUAUAUUUAUUUUCA